AGACCAUCUCUCUCUUCCACCAAAACUCCAAUGGCUUCAUCAGCUUAUAAUACCUUAUUACAAGUGGUUCUAGACAUGAGUAUACUCUUAUUUAAGUUACUCUUGAUGCAAACUUUCUUCACCUUGAUUCCUUUGGUGGUGGGGGCUUUGUUGAUGUACUUAUAUGCACCUUAUUGGCGAGUUAGAAAGGUGCCUGGUCCUCCAACAAUUCCACUCAUUGGGCACCUUCAUUUACUUACCAAGCAUGGUCCUCAAGUUUUCUCUCUUCUUGCCAAGAAAUACGGCCCUGUUUAUAGGUUUCACAUGGGCAGGCAACCCCUGAUCAUUAUAGGCGACCCAGAAUUAUGUAGAGAAGUUGGCAUAAAGAAAUUUAAGGAUAUACAUGAUCGAAGCAUUCCUUCUCCCAUAGCUGGGAACAUGAUCCACCAAAAGGGUCUUUUCUUUACAAGUGGUACCCGAUGGACAACAAUGAGAAGCACCAUAGUAUCAAUGUAUCAACCUUCCCAUAUCACGAGUCAUUUACCCAUGAUGCAGUCUGUUAUUGAAUCUGUCGAUCAACAUCUUUCUACUUCAGAAGACGAAGACAUUAUGUUUUCUCACCUCGCUCUUAAAUUAGCAACAGAUAUUACUGGUCUGGCCGCAUUUGGUGUUGAUUUUGGUCUCACAAAAGCAUCCUCAUUCGAUGAUUGUACCAUUCAGUAUGACCAAAACAAUGACAUUGUAGUCACAGAUUUCAUCAAGCAACAUAUGUAUUGCACUACUCAACUUCAGAUGGAUUUAUCCGGUUCACUCUCAGUCAUACUUGGAAUACUCUGUCCUAUACUUCAACACCCAUUUAGACGAAUUUGGGAAAGAGUUCCAGGUACAAUAGAUUGGAGAACAAAGCGAGCUGAGAAGAAUUUGUUAAGUAAGCUAGAAAAAAUAGUUGAGAAAAGAGCAAACAAAGUAAACCGAGGAUCGAAAGAUUUCUUGUCGCUUGUGUUAAAUGCGAGAGAAUCAGAUGAUAUAAGGUUGAAAAAAGUUUUUACUUCCGAUUAUGUAAGUGCACUUGCCUAUGAACAAUUACUUGCAGGGUCUACAACAACAGCUUUCACAUUGUCAGCGGUACUUUACCUCGUGGCUGACCAUCCUGAAGUGGAAAAGAAGUUGAUAGAAGAAAUUGAUAGCUUUGGUGGACAUAGUUUGAUACCUACGGCUGAGGAUCUUCACCAUAGAUUUCCGUAUCUCGAUCAAGUGAUAAAGGAAUCAUUAAGGUUCUUCCCUUCAUCCCCACUGAUCGCAAGGGAAGCAUUGAAACAAGUAGAGAUAGGAGGCUAUGUCCUUGCAAAGGGUACAUGGAUUUGGUUGUCACCUGAGAUCCUAGCCAAAGACCCAAAGAAUUUUCCAGAACCAGACAAGUUUCGUCCGGAGAGAUUUGAUCCGAACUGUGAGGAAGAGAAACAAAGACAUCCAUACUCUUUGAUCCCGUUUGGACUUGGACCGCGACAAUGCAUUGGAAUGAAAUUUUCCAUGCAAGAGAUGAAACUCACGUUAAUUCAUCUCUAUCAAAGAUAUUUAUUUCAACAUUCUCCAAACAUGGAAAGACCUCUAGCUCUCGAGUAUGGAAUCAUUCUCAACUUCAAGUAUGGCGUCAAGUUGAGAGUCAUUAAAAGACAAACCUAGCUUGAAAAUAAUAAAUGGCACCAUAAUGUACAUAAAUUGUACAGUAACCCUUCAGAGGAAAGAAGCAUAUACGUUACUGUAACAAACUAAGAAGUCAACCAACUGCGUGGAUAUGACUCUUAUAGUUGGCCAGUGGUUGUCACUUUGUCCAGUUCGAGUUGUUGCUCCUUAAUAAUUUUCCUUUUCAUGCAUGGAUGUUAUAUGUUGUCCCCAGGGGUGGAAGCUUAGGUAGAUGCUAAGUUGUCUUGAUAAAUCAUGGUUAUCUGCGUGCAAGCAUUGCAUUAGGUUUUCCUGAACAUAAUAUUUACUACUGUUGAAGCU